CUCUUUCUUCCUCCUUCUCAAAACCAAUUGAACUCUCUCCAUCACUCAUUACUACUACUCUUCCUCCAAACAAUUAAGGCCUCAAUAAUCUUCUUCCUUCCAAAAAAAAAACUAUGCAAACCAAGGAAGUAGUCUCAAGCCUCAGUUACUUACUCCCUUCAAACCCUUGUUCCUACCCUCCUAGCAACAACUACACCUCCAUGAUCCAAAACAGCAUUCCCACAUUUCAGUUCCAAAGAUUCUCUAACCAAAUAUAUGGCUACAACAACAGCCACAACACUACCUAUCAAGUUCCUGACUUCAGUCCUCAAUCCUCAUGCAUCAGCAGCAACUCCACUUCUGAUGAGGCUGAUGACCAAAACCUAAGCCUCAUCAACGAGAGGAAGCACAGGAGAAUGUUAUCGAACCGCGAAUCGGCGCGUAGGUCACGCAUGAGGAAGCAGAAGCACCUUGAUGAGCUCUGGUCACAAGUGGUGUGGCUCAGGAAUGAGAACCACCAGCUCAUAGACAAGCUGAACCAUGUCUCAGAGACCCAUGACCAAGUGCUCCAAGAGAAUUCUCAGCUCAAAGAAGAAGCCUCGGAACUUCGCCAAAUGAUUAGGGACAUGCAGAUACACAGUCCUUGCGGUGGCCCAAACUCCUUCAUAACCCCUUUGGAAGAUCAUGAUGUUGAUCAUGUGCCUUCAGCAUAUCUCAGAUCUGAUGAUUCUUCAAACCAAUUCAAUUCGUGUAACAACAACAUGGACCUCCUUGGCUGAAUUUGAUCAAGCAAGGGGAAGCCAAAUUUUUAAUUAUCAUCAUCUUCAUCCCUUUUAGUUUAUAUUUAUCUUCUCUUUUACUUUUGCUUUUGUUUUUGUUUUUUCAUCUGUGUCUUUGUGGAAGUCAAAAACAAUAGUCUCUCCUCCCUUUUGAGCUUUGUACGUGAGGAGAAAAGAUAAAUGGCAAUAACAUGUCCUGAUGAGUAUCUUUAAUUUUAUCCUUUA